UGAAUUUCGUAUUUGCCGGAAAACUAAAGCAAACCAGAAAGCAGAAGACAAACCAAACCAGUAAGGCCAGAGAGAGACAGAGAUUACAGAGAGAGAUUGGAGAGCAGAGCAAAAGAAGAAAGAGAAUGAGAGAUGGUAAAGCAAUCAGAGCGUGAUGCAAGGCCUCCACCACCAACAGGAGCAACUAGCCGCUCUUCUCUCCGUCGCUCUUCCCAAGGACGAUUCCUCUUCCCCUUCUAAACCCGACGACGAUGACUCCGCUCGACUCGCCGCCCUCAACUCCCUCCACCGCGCCAUUCUCUACCCUCCCAACUCCCUCCUCGUCACUCACUCCGCCUCUUUCCUCGCCCAGGGCUUCUCUCAGCUUCUCUCCGAUAAAUGUUAUGGGGUGAGGCAAGAGGCUGCGGUGGCAUAUGGUGCUCUUUGUGCUGUGGUUUGCUCAAUUCCUAUAACUUCAAAUGGAAGACAGAACCAUGUUAUGCUUGGGAGCUUGGUUGACCGCUUCAUUGGUUGGGCGCUGCCGUUGCUUAGCAAUAUCAGCGCCGGAGAUGGGACCGCGGAAUUGGCAUUGGACGGCCUGCGAGAGUUUCUUAAUGUUGGGGAUGUUGGCGGGAUCGAGAGAUAUGCUUUGUCAAUUCUUAAAGCGUGCCAAGUUCUUCUUGAGGAUGAGAGAACCUCCUUGAGUCUGUUGCACCGCCUUCUCGGUGUUUUGACUUUGAUUUCAUUGAAGUUUUCUAGAUACUUCCAACCUCAUUUUCUUGACAUUGUUGAUCUGCUUCUCGGGUGGGCGUUGGUACCGGACCUUGCCGAAUCAGAUAGAAGAAUUAUAAUGGAUAGUUUCUUACAGUUUCAGAAUCAUUGGGACAUGGAUGUUUGCAGUUUGCAGUUUUCUCUGGGAUUGCUGUCGAAGUUUGUAGGAGACAUGGAUGUUUUGAUUCAGGAUGUAAGUCAUGGAACCCCACAACAAUUCUGAAGGCUGCUCGCGUUACUUUCAUGCUUUUCAACAGUAUUGCAGUCCACUGCUUCUGGGUUGCUGGAAAUGAAUCUACUUGAACAAAUUACUGAACCCCUUAGCAGAAUUAUUCCUCGGUUGUUGGGAUGCUUAUCUAUGGUUGGAAGGAAAUUUGGGUGGUUGGAUUGGAUUGGGUAUUCAUGGAAGUGUCUGACUUUGCUGGCAUAAAUUUUUUGUGAAAGAUUUUCCACCUUUUAUGCACUUGCAGUUGAUAUUUUAUUUCAAAGUUUGGAAGCGGACGUAAGUAACCAAGCAGUGGGAACUGGAAGAAUUACCUCCUUCCAAGUUCAUGGAGUUUUAAAAACUAAUCUCCAGUUAUUAUCUUUGCAGAAGUUUGGGCUUCUCCCAAUCUCUGAAGAAAAUACUGCAAUUUGAUGCUCUAAUCUCUCAGUUGCGUUUGCAUCCUAAUUACUUGGUAACAGGCAGUUCGGCUGCCACUUAUAUAUUCUUGCUUCAACACGGGAAUAAUGAAGUUGUUGAACAAGCACUGACUUCGUUAACAGAGGAGCUGGAGUUAUUAGAAGGGAUGCUAGAGAAAUCUGUGGGCCAUGAUAAUGGGGUUCUUGCAUGUUCCAAAACAUAUUCAAAACGUGAAUUGUUUGCAUUGAUUAAAUUUGAUUUGAAGGUUCUGCUAUCAUGUGUUUUCCUCAGUGGGGGGUUGUAGUCCUAGUUUGAUUGGCCAACCAGACAUUGCAACCCUAUAUCUUAUGAGGUCAGAAAAGUUGGUGAACUUUAUUAUUGAGAAAUUUAAUCUUUUUGACUUGCCUAUUAUGGAAUAUGUGGAUGUGCAAGUCAAUGUUUUGAAGACAUUUGACAGGCUAAAUUCUUAAGUACCUGCUCUUUGUCAUAUCAAAGUAGUGGAAAAUCAUCAAUGGAUGUUACCUCUGAUAAAUUACUUAAUCGUGAGUCUUUGACGAAUGAACAUUCGGUUGUGGUUGUUGAGAAUCUGAGAAAGUACAGUCUGUCCUUUGUGAAAGCUCUCCAUGUCUCUUCUCCUUUUGCAGUUAAAGUAACUGCGCUGGAUUGGGUACAAAGAUUUUGUGAGAAUGUUAUUGAUUUUAAUGAGAAAUCAGACACAGAAUCUCGUUUCUAUGAAGUGUAUGGACAGUAUGGUAAUGAUAGAAUUAUUGGGAACAUGCUUUACUCAAUUAUGGAUGCUGCAUCUGAUAGGGAACCAAAAGUCCUUGCAAUAACUGAAGAUCUACAUGAUGUUCACAGUCUAGGAAAGGAGGCUGCUGCAGUUCAUCGUUCUCUUGUGGAAGACCUUUCAAAGGCAAAUGCAAUUCUUCUUCCACUGGAAACAGUAUUGUCCAAAGAUGUAGCUGCUAUCACUGAUGUUAUGUGUAGGGAAAGAGCGACCAAUAUGGAAAUAUCUCCGAUUCAUGGACAAGCCAUAUACCAGUCCUAUUCUUUAAAAAUCAGGGAGGCUUGCCAGACCUUACAUCCCUUGGUGCCCUCACUUACCUCAUCUGUGAAGGGGCUCUAUUCUAUGUUGACCAGGCUUGCACGAACUGCAAGUCUUCAUGCUGGGGAUCUUCAUAAAGCUCUUGAAGGACUAGGAGAAAGCCAGGAAGUAGAAUCGCCAGUAACUGAUGUAUCAAGGCCAGAUCUUGCUACUGAUGCUGCUGGGUUUGAUGACAAGGAGAGAGAGAACCUCUCCAUGUCAAAUGGUGAGAGCAUCAAAGAUUUUGUUGGCAUUGGACUUCCUUUGGAAGAUAAAGGAUGGUUAUCUCCACCAGAUAGUAUCUGCAGUAGUAGUACAGAUUCUGGCAUUUCCUUGCCUGAAAUGAGUCUUCCAGUUAGCUUCAAUGAUCAAGAAGAUAUAAAGCAAUAGCUUUUGCACGGACCUGGUGGCAGAGAUGCUAUAGAUUUUCAAAAUACCACCCCUUACUCUCAAGCUGAUAGCCAAGAAAUGUUGGAUUCUCCGCACAUAUCAAAAUUUACAGACGCAGAUAACACUCAUGUUGGUUCUUUCAAGUUAGCACCUAGUGACCUAAAUGAAUGUCAACUGGCUCCAGCAUCACCAAGUGAUGACCCUGUCAGUGUCCGUCCUGAUACUUCACGUCCUUCAAAUGAGAACAGAGAGGUGGUGUUUGGGGGUAAAGAUGAAAGAUCCUCACUGAACAAGGUUAUAAUUAAGGAUGAAACUUGUGAUGCUACACAUGCUUCUAGUCGAGUUGGCAGGGGUAAAAACCCUUAUGCAAUGUCAGUCUUGAGAUGAGUUGAGAUGAAACUAGAUGGUCGAGAUAUAUCUGACAACAGAGAAAUUAGUAUCUCCGAAGAAGUGGGCUGUCUACUUAAGCAAGCCACUAGUGUAGACAAUCUUUGCAACAUGUAUGAAGGUUGGACACCAUGGAUUUGAACUUGUGGAGUUGCUGCCUUCUAUAUGUACGAGGCGUAUUAAUUUAGAAUAGGGUUGGUUAAUCCGUUUUUGCCUUGCAAAGUCAGAGAAUUGAGAAUGGAGCCUCUUAUGCUGGGCAAGGCAUUAAUUGCUUCAGCAAUCCCAUCUCUUUGGCUUCGCAUCUCCUGUUCAUUUAAAUGAGCAAUGGUGAUUAUUUCGUAAGAAAUUGGCCGUCAAUGUCUAAUAGCUCAGUUGUUGGUGAUAUCUGGUUCAGUAAACCUUGCCCUUUCUAGAAUGGCCAGCUGUGUCUUUGGUGGAGGAUAACUUGAAAUUUUUCAAGUGUUAUCUCCCUCUAAAUUGUGGUGCCUUGGGUGAGAUUAUGCAUGUGGCAUGAGAAGUAGUCUCGUGUGGAACUCGUGUUAUUUGUAUUUGGCGGUUGCUAAGCUGUCUCCCUGCUUUAAUGCUCUAUAAAGAUGGAACAACUUUGCAGACGCCAUUGUGGCAGACUGGCUGGAGAAUGCCAUGUGACGCACUUUGAAAGAGAUUCCUGAUUUUAGCAGCAAGCUGGCCUGGUGUAGCACAGUUGUUCAUCUGUGGUCAAUUCUCUGUAUCAUGAAAAGCACUGCUACUCCCAACAAGGAGUCACAAAUUUACUACCAAUGCAAUCAGCUCACUUUUGCACAGGUUGCAUUUGGUUUAGAAGAUCUUACCUCGCAUGGAGGAAUAUCAAAGUAUCAAACAUCCACAAUAUAGGAAAUUCUUAAUUUCGUCAACGGCAUUUGUCGACCAGCUCUUCCUUUUCGGUCUGGGAAUCUCUUUGUUUGAUACUGCCCGGGGAAGGUCAACAUCUUUUUCCUUUUUACUGUGGUAUAAUAAGUUAAGAAUGUAGCUCUUAUUAAAGAGAGAUAUUGGUACUCAGUCCUACUCUGAUAUUGCUACUUAAUAUAUAAACUUUCCAUA